AUCAAAGAUGGCGUGUACGAUCCGGCACCUGCAGUUAAUGCUGGUAACGGUGAGCGUCAUAGUGACAUCAUCGGUUGUAUCCAGCCAAUUGACGAAUGAUGAGUCCAACGCAUACGAUGAGGCAUGCUUCGUCCCUCCGUCUAAUCGACCUGUUGACGUAGACAAGCUUUUCCUGAUAAACGUUUCUCUUCCGUCAUCCGUGACACAUGUGGAUUUGAGAUACUUGAGCUACCCUAACGGAUCGUGUGGAAUCGACACAUAUGUACUUGUGCCGAAUACUAACCUUUACAUCCAGUUCAAGGAACUAAUUGAAAGGGAAGUAGGGAAAUUUUUCAGCUACUGCAAUUACACCGACGACAUCAAGCCACAACAGUUCCAUGGCAAAAUAUUGUCACUGGGCCUAGCCCAACACGCCACUACAUGUGUAUUGACCUCGUUUUUUUGGCUGGUGCUCUCUGUUGCCUUUUCAGCCAGUUUAUCUACACUUUUUCGUCACCAAGAGUUAUAUUUUUGUUUAUCAUCGUUUCUAGAUUGUGGAGAAGCUGGUAAGGUGGCUCCAGAUGAAGAAUUCAUCCGAGUUCCCCCUGGAUGGAUUGAUGAAGGAGUAAUCUUUGAAUUGCAAAUUGACUACAUUGCUGCAGGAAAACAUGAUCUGCACUGCAGCCUGGAAUACCUGCGCAGGAUCAGCAACUCUCAGUAUAACCUCAAUGUCACGCUUCAAAUUAAUGGUUGUCCAUCCGGCAAAUAUGGCGGCAGAUGUGAACAAGAUUGCUCUGAAUGUGCCCCGGGAGUGGAAUGCCACAGUUUCAAUGGCGUGUGCAUGUGUCCCCUGGGUCUACGAGGAAGUCACUGCAACCAAAGUGAUCCACAAAUCAAGGUACUGGAGCCUAUGGAGACUGAAGCCUAUGUGACCUAUGGAGAGACAUUAACUCUGAAUUGCACAGCGUAUGGCAUGCCGUCACCGAGGGCGUGGUCCUGGACCAAAGACAUGAAAGAUGGACAGAACGCAUCCCUGCCGGCCACCGCCCAUGAAGAGACAAAGCCCUAUUCUCCAAGUCCCAUUGCGAUAACCAGUAUUGUCCAUGCACAGGAUACAUCUGCCAAUGGCUGCUACGUGUGUAAAUUUAUUGACAGGGAUGGUAAUUCAUACAGACGGCAUGUGAAUGUCACCGUCAUAGCCAUUCCCGAACCCUUCAUACGCGUCCCUCAGAACCACACCGCCCUCGUUGGCGGCAACGUUACAUUCACCUGCGAGAUCGAGACGGAAGCCGGGACAAUCCGCUGGGUCAGAGGUCACAACCGACCCCUGGACCAGAUGAUCACGGACCAGGCCGACCAGUACGAGAUACUGCAGCCCUCGGUGGGCGUGUCCCAGCUUCGUAUCUUAGGGGUGGGGUUUGAAGAUGAGGGUGGGUACAGAUGCCACGCAGGUCAUACAUUCAAGUCACCAGAUCUGAUCUAUGCCGAGGUUGUGCUCAGAGUUCAGUCGGAUCCCUACCCCGAGUGUUCAUUCCAAGACGUCAUCAGCAUCAUCUCAGGCCAGACACUGACCCUCCGAUGCAUCGUAACCCAAGCCAAGCCAGCGCCCAGGCUGACGUGGCGCGUCCAGGAGCGUAGCGUGCUGCCCGAAACCUACACCAAGCUGUCGGAGGAUGGGCACUCCUGGAACGUCAACACGUCCGUCCGGUUUGUGCCCGGCCCGAGGGAUGACGGCAAGAGGGUGACGUUCUCCCUGGCAAGUCCGGCAUGGAAUGGGUCCAGAGAAGUCAUGGCAACGCUCAACGUUUCAUACGUGCCUAUAGUGACCGUCAGUCCCGACCCAGUCACUAUCAACAAAGGCGAAGAUGGUACCAUCACCUGCUCGGCCCAAGCCAACCCAGACCACAUGGGCUAUACCUGGACCCUCCGAUGCCCAAACAAACGCGCGACUAAUGUCUCCACGGGCCCAACGUACACGUUCAAGAACAUCAACGUGGACUACGACAAGGCCAAUUUGACGUGCUCGGUGGGGAAUGCCAUCGGCAGGACUGAAAAGACUGUGCAGAUCAAAGUGACAGACAACAGUAUCUCAACUGGAGCCAAGCUAGGAUUCUCUAUAUCUGGAGGCCUGUGCAUUAUCAUAUUGCUGCUAGCGAGUAUCUUUGCCCAUCGCUACCGCAAAGAAAUCAAACUCUGGCGGGCACGAAGAGCUGGCAAAAACAAAGAAGACAAAGAGUUUGAUGUCUUCAUCUCCUACAAGAGCAGCAGUCCUGAUGAGGAGUUUGUGAUGCGGGACCUGAUACCCCGUCUGGAGCAGGAUGGAUACCGCGUCUGCGUCCACUACAGAUACUUCCUGCCUGGAAAAAGUAUCAUUGACAACAUCUCGGAUGCUGUCCAUCGCAGUCGCAAGACGCUCCUCCUCCUGUCUCCGGGCUUCAUCGAGAGCGAGUGGUGCUGCUACGAGUUCCAGGCCGCCCUCUCCCAGAUGCUGCAUCUUCAGACGGACCUCAUCCCGGUCAUCUUCAAGGACCUGGGCCCCCAGGAGAACCUGUCCCCGGACCUGCAGACCAUCCUGCGUACGCUGUCCUACGUCACCUGGCCGGGGGCCAUCCAGGGAGGCCGGUACCAGACCCAGGAGGACCUGGACUGCUUCUGGUCACUGCUGUGGCAGUCGCUGCCGGCGAACCCACUGGGACGGGAGGAGCCCGUGGAUCAUCAUCCAGCCCAGCUUGAGAUGGAGAUUAGUCUUGAAAGUCGUAACAGAGAGGAGGAAGGUGACCUAAGCUUGAGUGCAGAUCGGGUUGCGUUGGUGCAAGAUUUAGAUUAAUUAUUUUAUCUUCAAGCAAACUUGAAUCCUCGAUCCUGAUUGGUCGAUCCAUGGCAACAAGCCGUGCUACAUAUAACCAUACCGCACGGCCACGGUCCAUACCGCACUCUGCGUAUUCCGCUGUUCCAAGAUGCGAGCGCCACACCAGCUGCAUACGCUAAACUGCUGAAUGUCCGUGUAAAGCGUGCUCAUUCCAACUGUA